AUGGCUUCAAAAUAAACCCCUAAAAACGGACGUUAAUCUCCAGUAAAGAGAUCUCAAACCAACGCUAACGCCUCUCAAUCCCAAAUCUAAUAGCAAGACACAGAAUUUGUUAUCCUCGACAAAGACCUCAUCAAGGGAUUGACAGAAAAGGAUGUUGAGAUUGAUCAUUUGAAGACUACUGUUGUAGCAUUGCAAGAGAAAGUAGUGGUUAUUGAAGACUUUAAGUUAGAUGUGAGGCACAAUAAAGAGUAUUUUGCUCAUUCAGAGGAAAAGAGAGGAGAGCUCUAAAUUCAUAUUUAAGAGACCAGUAUCAAGGUCCAUGUUGACACUGAGUCCCACAACAAGUACCAAGAUGAGCUCAUCAAUGAGAAUGACUCUCUUAAGAAUGAGAUUCAACUCCUCAAGCAACACCAAGCUAAGAGAGAGCAAGAUCACCUAAAAACCUUGGAAGAUACUCACUAGGCCCAUAAAAGGCAAGUAGAUCAGAUGUCCAACGAGCAUCACAGCAAGGUUGGCACUCUGACCAGAGAGUUCCACACCAAGCUUGAAACUCAAGAGAAAGAGAAUCACGAAAAGCUUACAGAGGUAACAUAAGAAUAUUAGUAAAAGCUUGCUCAGUUAACUAACGAGUACAAUGUGAAGACAGACAAGGCAAACAAAGAACAUCACAGAAAGAUGGAGGAUGCCAAGAACGAAUAUCACAGAAAGUUGGAUGAGGCUGAGAACGACCACAAGCAGAAGCAAGACACUCUUAGAAACGAGAUGGAGGACAUGAGAAAGGAUAAGGACUCCAAGAUUAGACAACUCGAACUCGAGAAGGAAGUCCAAAGAGAUGCCUAUGAAAGAAGAAUUAACGAGCUUGAACAAUUAAUUAAGAGAUAACAACAAACCAUUCUCGAACUUACCUCAACAGUUCUUGAGCUUAGAGAAAUCCUUACCAAGAAGGAAGACGUUGAAGACCAACUUGCUCAAGCAAGACAACAAAUCGCCCAAAUUGACGCUCAAAAGGAUUAGUUAUUGAAAGAACUUGAAACUGCUUCAGACUAUAUCCUUGAACUUGAGGAGAAAGUCUACAAGGCCAACAAGACUUCCCUUGAACUUCUAAGACAAGAAUUGCAGUCUAUAUCCCAGUGA